GAAAUGCUGACGGAAACGCAUCGGUUGGCACUUUCCUUCCAUUUUCCAUAAAGUCAGAAGAAAAACUCUUUGUCCUUCUAGACUGUAUAAAGCGAGACGGCAAUUUAUAUCCACCGAAUCCAAUACUCGCACAGGGGUUAGAAAAAAUACCAGAAAAUUCGGUUUUUCAAAAUUUUGUUUGCUGCGCACGAUUGACUACCGCCAUUAAAUUCCUCUUCUCCACACAAUGAAUUACUGAAUUGAAUGAGCAGCAGAAACAGCAAAGGUGGGCAAGUUCUUUCGUAAAAAUGGCAGAAGCAAUUGGGAAAUCUAAUAUUGAAGCAACAGCCACAACAACAUCGACAUCAACUUCUACUAGUACUAAAUCUGGAUCUCGAUCUCUCUGGCCUUCCGUUCUUCGCUGGAUUCCAACAUCUAAUAUUCAUAUCAUUGCUGCUGAAAAGCGUCUUCUUUCCUUAGUCAAAACUCCAUAUGUUCAGGAGCAGGUUAAUAUAGGAUCAGGACCACCUGGAUCAAAAGUUGCAUGGUUUCGUUCUGCGAGCAAUGAACCUAGGUUUAUAAAUACUGUUACAUUUGAUAGUAAAGAUGACGCACCAACACUUGUUUUGGUUCAUGGGUAUGGUGCUUCUCAAGGAUUUUUCUAUCGGAAUUUCGAUGCUCUUGCGAGUUGUUUUAAGGUUAUUGCUAUUGAUCAACUUGGCUGGGGAGGAUCGAGCAGACCUGAUUUUACAUGCAGAAGCACAGAAGAAACUGAGGCCUGGUUCAUUGAUUCCUUCGAGGAAUGGCGCAGAGCUAAAAACCUCACAGACUUCAUUUUACUAGGUCAUUCUUUCGGCGGGUAUGUUGCGGCCAAAUAUGCCCUCAAGCAUCCUGAACAUGUUAAGCAUUUGAUUCUGGUGGGAUCUGCUGGAUUUUCUUCAGAAACCGAUGCAAAGUCUGAGUGGCUUACUCGAUUUAGAGCGACAUGGAAAGGAGCUGUAUUAAACCAUCUGUGGGAGUCCAACUUUACACCUCAAAAAGUAGUUCGAGGUCUAGGUCCAUGGGGCCCUAACCUGGUCAAGACAUACACAAGCAAUAGAUUCAGAAUAACUUCGCCUAGUGAUGUAAUGAAUCAAGAGGAAUCCCAAUUGCUCACAGAUUAUGUUUACCAUACUCUUGCUGCCAAAGCUAGCGGAGAGUUGUGCUUGAAGUACAUAUUUUCUUUUGGAGCUUUUGCACGGCAGCCCCUCCUUCAGAGAGCAUCGGAAUGGAAAGUGCCAACCUCCUUCAUUUAUGGUACGGAUGAUUGGAUGAGCUACACAGGAGCCCAGAAAGCUCGUGAGAAUAUGCCUGUCCCUAGUGAGAUUAUUAGGGUACCGCAGGCGGGUCACUUUGUGUUCAUAGAGAAUGUACCAGGGUUCCACUCAGCUCUCUUUUAUGCGUGCCGUAAAUUUCUAUCUCCUGACAACUACGAGGAUUUGCCCUUCCCUGACGGCCUCAUUUCUGCUUAAAGGAAAAUAACACAAAAGGAAUAGAAAACCAUUUGUCUAUAGGCCAUUCUUAUUAAAUUGAAAAAGAUUUCGAUUACGGUAUCAUUGUAUUUUCUGUGUCUCUUAGCAUCAGAAUUCUUGUGUUGUAUUUCUUUCCCUAAAUCAAUUUUCAUGUACAUAACAAUAACAAUUAUAAAAAUAAGUGUGUUCAUUUAGCUGUGGUGCCAACUAGCCUGGAACCAUGUAAUAACUGUAAACCAUAAAAAAUAUAGUAAUUUCUAGUUGGAAGGAAUAA